CCUUAUAUAGGGGCGGGGGAGGGGGCGUGGUUUGUUGUUGGUCCUGCGUGCGCGUUGGAAGCCUUGGAAGUGUGUGCAGAGCUCAUGCUGGCCGGGGCGAUGAAGGAGACGUGCGGCGGAAAUUUGUUGGAGAACCAGCCACAAAGGCAUUACGGGGUCACUUCUCCAAUCAGCUUGGCACCUCCAAGGGAAAGAGAUUACCUCUACACCCAGAAACUGACUGAAGCCUUGAAGCCUUUUGGUGUAUUUGAAAGUGAGGAAGAGCUGAAUUGCAGGUCUGCUGUUCUUGGUAAAUUAAAUAACUUGGUCAAGGAGUGGAUUGCAGAAGUUGGUGAAAAUAAGAACUUCCCAUCUUCAAGUUGUGGUGGCAAAAUAUUUACCUUUGGUUCCUAUCGGCUUGGAGUCCACACAAAAGGCGCUGAUAUAGAUACUCUCUGUGUUGCUCCUAGAUACGUGGAAAGAUCAGAUUUCUUCCAGUCAUUCUUUGAAAAACUAAAGCUCCAAGAUGGUAUCAGGAACUUGAGGGCAGUAGAAGAUGCAUAUGUACCAGUAAUCAAGUUUGAAUUUGAUGGUAUUGAGAUCGACCUCGUAUUUGCCAGGCUGGCCGUACAGACUAUUUCCGAUAACCUGGAUCUUCGGGACGACUCCCAUCUGAGGAGCCUCGACAUAAGAUGUAUUCGGAGCUUAAACGGUUGCAGAGUCACUGAUGAAAUACUUCAUUUGGUACCAAACAAGGAGAACUUCAGGCUGACUCUCAGAGCAAUUAAACUGUGGGCGAAACGACGUGGGAUUUAUUCCAAUGUGCUGGGAUUUCUUGGUGGUGUUUCUUGGGCCAUGUUGGUGGCAAGAACAUGUCAGUUGUUUCCAAAUGCCUUGGCUUCAACACUAGUUCACAAAUUCUUCGAAUUUUUUUCCACCUGGGCAUGGCCAAAUCCUGUCUUGCUGAAGCAACCUGAAGAAAGCAAUCUCAAUUUGCCAGUCUGGGACCCCAGGGUGAACCCAGCUGACAGGUAUCAUCUGAUGCCCAUCAUCACGCCAGCCUAUCCACAGCAGAACUCCACAUAUAAUGUGUCUACUUCGACUCGAACAGUGAUGGUAGAAGAAUUCAAAAAAGCUCUUACGGUCACAAAGGAAAUCUUUGAAGGCAAAUCAGACUGGCCAAAGCUACUUGAAGCGCCUAACUUCUUCCAAAAGUACAAGCAUUACAUUGUACUCACUGCCAGUUCCUCCACUGAAAAGCACCAUCUGGAAUGGGUUGGCUUAGUGGAAUCUAAAAUUCGUGUGCUUGUUGGAAACCUGGAGCGGAAUGAAUUUAUUACCUUGGCACAUGUAAAUCCUCAGUCCUUUCCUGGGGCCAGGGGGCAAUACAAAGAGAGCAACUAUGUGUCUAAAUGGUUCCUUGGAAUAAUGUUUAAGAAAGCAGAGAAUGCAGAAAGUGUGAGCAUCGAUCUGACUUAUGAUAUCCAGUCAUUCACAGAUACAGUUUAUAGGCAAGCCAGCAACAUCAACAUGUUGAAAGACGAUAUGAGGAUUGAAGCUACUCAUCUGAAGAAAAAACAACUCCAUUACUACUUGCCCGCAGACUACUUGCAGAAGAGGAAGAAGCAGAGCAUGCCCGACAUUGGUCACCACACUUGCAGACUUGAGUUGAAAAGGACUUCCGUGGAUGAUGGCUGCUUGGACAGUUACAGGAACGCAGAUGUUGGGACCCAGUGCAGAGACAUUCCCUCAUUCAACGACAUCUGCCGUAGUUCUGCUCUGAAAGAAACUAAAAGGAGUGCUAUCCUUCAAAGAGCCAGCAUCUUUGCAAUUAGAGAGAAGCCAUCAAGUAGUAUGCAAUCUUUGGCUGUUAAAGGGUUGUCCAUUCCAGCUGUUGGUUCAGUGUUGGAUUCCACAGUUGCAGUGAAAACGGCUCCUCUACCUCCAAAUGCCUGCAGCAUCCCCGCGGUUGUAGGGCAAAACCUGAUUCUUGCACCUACCCAUUCCCAGCAGCAUCUGGAUGCAAUAGCUUCAAUGAGUGCUAAAAAUGCUUCUGCGCACAAGAGAGGUCACUCUCCUUCCACAGAAGAAUGUUUUAAAAGACUGAGAGAUGCAGGAAAGUGCAGUAGUCUUGGAGACAUCAUGCCUGUUCCAGGUUCUGACACACUGAGAUCACAGCGACUUUCCAGUACGGAAUUGCCAGAUUCAUCCUCUCCGAUUCCAUCAAGUAGUAUUCGUGUUGUUAAAAACUCCAUCAGACUGACCCUUAACCGAUAGCAGUGCUGCUUCAGGUGCUACACUGUCUUAACGGUUUCAAAACUUUCCAAGCUGCUCUCCACGCAAAAUCAUGGCCUUUUGGAUGUGCCUCUAGAUUAGAGGGUUGUUCCUCUGGACUAAGUCUACUUUGUUUUCACUGUGCAGAUGCAUAGCUUUAUUUUAAGUCUUGUGUUCAAAUUGUCUUGAGUGGAAAAAAUUUUGUUAUGAAAAAUACCAAAAAAAAAAAUUUGUCUUGCGGCUAUUUUUCCUGAUGGGGGUGGCACCCAGACUGCUUAGCCCUGACAAACUGAAGACCCACUUAAUGUCCCUCCUAAACAUACCCGGGGUUAGGCAACCUUGGCUCUCCAGCUGUUGUUGAACUACAACUCCCAUCAUCCCCAGACACAAUCUAUGGGAGUUGUAGUUCAACAGCUGGAGAGCCAAAGUGACCUAAUCCUGCUCUUACAGUUGUGGGAAACCCAGAUCUGGUCUUGGUGUAGAAGUCUGGAGGUUGUUCUGUCGAGCUGAUUGUUGUAGACUUGAUUAGAUGGCUCAGCUGGAAUUUAUGCACAAAAGAACCUAUAAAUUGAGUGCUAAUCCCCUUACAGCAGGGGUUCUCAAACAUUGGUCCCCAGAUGUAGUUGAACUAAAAUUCCCAUCAUUGCUUCUUUAGCCAUAAUGGCUGAGAAUGAUGGGAAUUGUAGUUUGACAACAUCUGGGGACUGUGUUUGAGAAUACUAUACCUGCAUUACAGUAACUGGUGUAAAUACUCUUUAAAUGCCCCACAAAGUUCUGCCUCCCAUGAAAAUGACCUAGGAUGCAGCCGAGCCAUAGUUAAGAGCAUACAAUCUCAUUUAUACUAUUGAGUUAAGGCUGUUCUCAGUGGCCUCUUCCUCCAUCGAACAGAAAUCUGUGGGAAUUAAAUGUGCUUAAAUCUAACUGGAUACAUUCUGGAUGUCAAAAAUGAAAACCCAAUCAGAAACCUAAAUCUGCCAUGGUACUGAAAUGCAAAGACUGAUGCUUACAGCAUUGCUUGCAUUUUGGCACUGCAAAGAGUUUGUCAUGGUUUUCAAUUCCGUCUACAUUGUCUUUUUGAAGGAUGUCUGAACAAUUCCCCACGCCUUGUCCAGACUGCACAGAAUCUCCUGUCACACUAGUCCACUUUUUCUGGGACUGUAGCUAAGAAAUGCAGUGCUGGAAACUUUGAGUUUUAUCAAGUCUUGAACAAUCACUAGUCUGAAUAACUUAAAUUUUGAAAGAACACUGCACUUCUCAUGUCAACAAACUGAUAUCUUCAGAAAAUUCUCCCUCCCAAAUCAAUCUCCAGGAACAAAUACAGUUUACAGAUCUUAGAUUAUAUAUUGUCUCAUGUUUUUGUAAAAAAAAAAAAAAAGGAUGUGUAUUGAAAGUAUUUUUGUAUGCAUUGUAAAAUAUAUCUUUUCAAAAAGAAAUUUA